GUGUGUGUGGACCCGGAGAGAAAGAUGGGCGUUUUUUCGUCUGCAGCCACUGUUUUCUUCCUGUGUGCGUGUGGGACUGGGCUAACUCUGUAUGCAGUCCAUGUGCAGCGCUCUAGGCUAGACGACACUGGCUACAGGGCCCUGUGUGACGUUGACGAAGUGAUCACGUGCUCUGAGAUUGUCGCAGAGGAUCGAGACUUCGUUGAUCUGAUUGAGUGGGCGUGUCAUCAAGUGGGCUUGGCCUACAAUGGAAAGCUCAAUCCUCGUCAGCCGGCUCUGAGGAUAGCCUUCUUCCCUCUCCUCUGCUUCCUCGGGUGCCUCCCUGUCACAUUCUCCUACUUUGUCGCCACCUCCAUCUCGUCAGUGGCCAGCCUCACCUCUGCCUACCUCAUGUACAUGCAGUUUCGGGUCCACGACCAGAUCUGCCUCCCCUGCAUCGCCGAGUACUUUAUCCACAUCUUCCUCUUCCUCGUGCUGACCAUUCGCUGGGCCCACUCUGGAAAAACCAGCAGUACAGACCGUGCAACUGUUUCUUCCAAUAAACCUCCAAAGAAACGCCACGAGAAGAAAAAGUCGCAGAAAUCGGUAGAGCGAGACAGCGGAGAGAAGGAGAGAGAGAAUCAGAGUGGGAAAGACUCUAGUGGAAAGGAACAACAGGUUGUGGCAGGGAAUGUUCCAGAAAAGAAGAAAUCUAGUACACGCAAAAGGCCGAAGUAGUAGUUCUCUAUUCUAGCUGAUCAUCGCUGAACACAAUCUGAAUUUUGAUGCUCGAUUAAUGUUUCAGCAUAUCACCUUUCGUUUUUCACUCAUUCCUUUUCACACUGACGAUGACUGAAGUUUACUAAACCA